CCCUUUUUCCUUUAGUUUUUUCGUACUCGUAGUACUUACAAAUCGAUCGAUUCCUGCUCCUCAGAUCGUUAAGAAAUCCGAAGACCCAUAUGCUAUAACAGUUUUCUAGCAGCCAAACAGAAAAUAAUAUUUUCUUUUCCUGUAGACAAUGAUUGGAGUUGGGAAGAUAAAGCAAUACUCAAACAUCCUUGAGAAGCCCCUCAGCAAGGGCAAACAAGAGGUUAGCUUGAGUGCCUUUGCAUUUUUGUUCUCUGAGCUUGUUCAGUACAAUCAAACUCGGGUUGACAACAUUGCUGAAUUAGAAAGAAGGCUGGAGGAUGCAGGGUAUGCUGUUGGGGCUCGAGUUCUUGAACUUUUAUGCCAUAGGGAUAAGGGGAAUAGAAGGGAGACACGAUUGUUGGGUAUUUUAUCCUUUGUGCACAGCACUGUCUGGAAGGUGUUAUUUGGAAAGGUGGCUGACUCUCUUGAGAAGGGCACUGAACAUGAAGACGAAUACAUGAUCAGUGAGAAGGACCUCCUUGUGAACAAGUAUAUUUCAAUUCCAAAAGACAUGGGGACCUUUAAUUGUGGGGCAUUUGUUGCUGGAAUAGUGAGGGGUGUUCUUGAUGGUGCAGGAUUUCCAGCAGUAGUAACAGCUCAUUUUGUACCAAUGGAGGGACUGCAAAGACCUCGGACAACUAUUUUGAUAAAGUUUGCUGAAGAGGUAUUGCAAAGAGAAGCGAGAUUAGGUUGAUUAUUAUGCCUGGGGUUCUCUUGAGUUGUCCAUGUACUGCAACAUCGUGAAUGAAACACUUAACACUUCGGCUGCUUCCUUAAUCUAAUAACAUGGAUUAGUGAUGGUUUGUGUAUUAUGGCAACAAUGGUAGAAAAAGAUUAUUACAUGUAAAAGUAAAAAUGUCAUCAUUACUGUUAGUUUUGUGUUGAUAUGACCUCAAAUGGAUUAUUACCGAGAAUACGAGUUUGCUUGUUUUGUGUA